GUGGACUACCUUCACAUAUUGCUUCUUAUAAGAUAAAGCAAGACCAGUUGGGAAAGUUACAUUUGAAGAAGACAAAUUAUUUAAGAAAAAUGGACCUUACGACCGGCAGUGUGGCCAGCAAACCAGCUGUAUCUUUCAGCAUGGACAGUAUCCUACGAAAGAGUUCACUAGAAGACGAAGAUACAGAGGUUUCAACCAUUACAAGCGGCCCUGACGGAAAGCCUCGAGCUCAGUCUUCUCCAAGUCCUAGGGAUGAUUGUACGAGCGAUACUUCAGUUUCGCCCUGUGCCACACCAGAAGAAUUUGGACAAGAAAAGAGGUACCUAGAGGGAACAGACGUUUCCUCGCUGAACACUUCCUCAGACAAAGGAGACGACGCCUCAGACGAAUCCUUCUCCUCCAAGCCCCGGAAAAUCCGCCGAAGUCGGACGACAUUUACAACUUACCAGCUUCAUCAACUCGAACGCGCCUUCGAAAAGACCCAGUACCCGGAUGUAUUUACCAGAGAGGAACUCGCAAUGAGGCUUGAUCUCAGCGAGGCGCGUGUACAGGUAUGGUUUCAAAAUAGACGCGCUAAGUGGAGAAAACGGGAAAAGGCCAUGGGGAGAGAGAGUCCGAAUUUCCUUCAGUCUGAUUCCACACCCAGUCUCUGCGACGUUACACCACACAUUCCACACACAAUCAACUUCCCAAGUUCUCCGGAACAUCUCUGGUCUCUUCGAGUGUCCCAUCUCACAGGAAUGAAUCCUAUGUUAGCCCUGUAUCAACAAAAUAUGGGAAAUCUUGCUUCUCAUCAACUUCACGGAAAGUUUCCUUUUGGUGGUCUCUUUCCAAAUUACCCAGUAACCUCUAAUGCGUUCGGAUUUCCAGGACUUUUUUUCGGCGGAAGCGGCCCGUCUUCUUCAGGCAUACCUAGUUCCGGUCCUGGGCGUUUACCAUUAAAUCAGGAAUCUCUUGACCUAAGGAUUUCUAGUAUUGACAAUUUAAGAAUCAAAGCAAAAGAGCACUGUUCAGCAUCUUCUGAGAAACAUCCAUUUUUGUCGUAAUUUUUUGAAUGCCAUACUCUUGUGGGAAUGAAUGAUCUAUGGAAUGCAUUUUAAGGUUGUUUAAGAGUUUUUAUAGCUACAAAGGUGCUUCUAAAACGAUGAGACCGCUUUAGAAUAGAAACUGAUUCAUAACAAUACUUAGGCUACAAAAAUUUUACCGCAAAAAAGAGUAGGCGAUUCAUCCAUGUUCCAUGUGCCACAGUUUCAUAAUAAACGGAUUUCAGGUGAAUGGUUGUUCUCACUACGGUAACACUUAUUUUGUUUGAUUUUUUGACGAACUGAAAUUGCGGAUAAACAAUUUGAAAUAGCCCGAGAUUGUGGAAAAUUUGUGACUUUAUUUCAGUGCUUAUUUAUUGCUUUACAUGUUUGUGUUGUUAUUUGUUGACAUGUUG